UUCUUCCCUAAAAAUCAAAUUUCGUGUCAAGAUCAUGCCAUGUCCGUACACUCAUAACCUUCAUCCAGAUUUUCUUCUUUCACAAUUUUUUGGGUUUUUAGCAGACACUUUGAAUUUGAUUCAAAGCUCCUUUUUCGAUCGAUCGGUUAUAUAAUUAAGGAUGCCUUUUCCAUGGAAAAAGGGGACGAAAACAAGCAUUUCACAAUUGGUGAAGGACCAUGUAAAUUCUCAAAGUGGAUCUCCUCUUAUGGUGGAAACCGGUUUUCCAACUUCUCUUGUCGAUCUUGUUGUCAAGAAUCGCCGAAGAUUCAAGAAAUGCUCCAAGAAAAAAAUGGCCGACGACCCUUUGUUCAUUACAUCCCCUUCCCCUCCCCAUCCCUCUUCGUCUGUAACUUUACCUUCCACUUCUCAAUUCAUUAUUGAUGAUAAUGAAGUUCCUCCUCUGAUCCGUGUAGCUGAAGUGGAAGGUGACAAACCUGAAUCUUGCAAGAUGAACAACGAGAAAGAGUGGGGUAAUGGUUGUCUCAGUAUGAAUCAGGGGUUGGUGGCCGUUUUGAAGAUGUUUCUCGUGGCGGGUUUGGUUUUAGGGAUGAAUAAUCUUGUCAUGGGGGUAACCAUGUCAGCCUUCUUGUUGUUUUUAUUGGAAUAUUUAGGAGAACGUUUGUAUGGCUUCUUUUCUGGACUACAGAGGAGGGUUAGGUUGAUGAUACAAGGGAUAAGGGACAUCUUUAGAGCCAAAGUGGUUGAAGAAGACCAAGACGAUUGUGUUUUUAAGGAACCUUUGGAGCUGUCAAAGGAUGGUUGCUCUGGCUUUGGAUGUCAAAUUCAAGAAAUUGAGGUUGAGGAUAGUCAAUGUAUUAGGGAUGGAAAAGCGAAAUGUGUAGGGGUAGAUGUAAUGGAGAAAGGAGAGGAAUCUAGAUAUGAUUUAUGUGAAUCCAAAGAAAAGAAAUCUCAUCGGGCAAAGAUGAAAUCGAAAAUGAAGAAACUUGUUCCGAAGAAGUUCAGAAAGAAAAAAGGUUCAGCAUUGGAGCGUCCUAUGCUCCUGGAUGAGAUAGAUUAUGUUAUUGAAGGAAAGACGGAAACUGAAGGUUCCAGUGAACAAAAAAUGCAAUCCAAUGGUAUAGUGUCAUCAGUGGCAAGUAGCAUAGAUGAUAAGACAGAUAUUGUUGAGGUUGUUGGUAGUAAUGCUGGAGAAUCAUCUGAAGUAUUUACUGAUGCUAGUGUUGAAGAAUCAUUUAAUGGUACUGAUGACAAGGCAACCAUUGUUGGGGAAGAAGAAUUGACUGGAAGAGAGCAUAGUUCUAUGUAUAUUGCUCUCCUUUUGGUUGUUCUAGUCGGCCUUAUUGGAGGUCGGGUUCUUGCACUUGUUUUUACUUUAACAUGUUGCUUGAUGUUGAAGCGAGGUGAAGGAAUAGGAAGAUUCACAAAAUUGCCCAUGAUCGGGUGUUUCACAAAAAAGUUCAGUUGGAAUUUAUUAACUCAUUCAUAGAAGCCCUUGAAAGUAUGUUCAUAGUGUUGUGUGAAGUGCUGUUUAAGCCUUCCUUGAUCUUUAGAGCUUACUUUGAUGGAGAGUUCAACCUUUGGUUGACCACUCGACCAUUGGUCUUGUUUUAUGUCCUGUAAAGUUACUCAAAUAAGAUUAACUUUGUGAUACUCUUGUGUCUGAAGCAUUGUUUUGCAUAAAUAGUUGACCCCGUUUUGUCUUU